AUGUGGGACACCAAUUUAGUCUUUGAUAAAAAGAUUCAGUCUGGUCAUUUUGAUGGAACAAAGAGAGGUCCAGAAGUUAAUUGUCAGGCACUUAGUGAUGCUUUUCUGAACAACGGUGAAGAGAUGGUGAGAAAAUUAGUGGAUGACCGGUUGGAUCAUUGCGAACCACAUUCUGCUCCACCUAACUUACCAAACGAUAGAGGAGUAAAUGAUUCAAAUGUUCAUGAACAACUUCCCAAACUUUGUGAGUUCGAUGGAAAUGAAGGAAGACUUAAAGGGACUUGUCGGGAUACGUUGGGGAAAACGCCGAAACCUGUACUGUGUUGUAAUUACUGUCGAGCUCUUGGUCACUGCUGGGUGGACCACACUAAAGCCAACUGCCCGGCUCUAGCUUCUUUAGGACCGUGCAGGAUAUGCAAAGCUAGCGGUAGUCAAAAUCAUACAAAAACCGUACUGUCUAGUUUCUACAUGGCCGAUUAUUUGGGAGUAGACUUGUUUUUAUUGCUAGUUGGCGGUUCAUGCGGAGCUUGGCUGGUGCGGUUGCUUUUGAACUGGGAUGUAUGGUACGGUUCUAGUCUUUCCCAGUUACAGAAUUCUUCCUGCGAUUAUGGUGAGUUUGGAAUGCGGAAGUGUUAUUGUAAUCCGUAUUUUAUAGUUGAAAAAUUCUUACGCAUAAUUCUGGCCUACGAGCAGUAA